AUUUUGUGUGCGAAACAAAGCUUAACCAAGGAGGAAGAGUUAAGAGGAAUCGCCAGUUAAAUUAUAUCCCACAAUGCCACCCAAAGAAGAUCCCGAGGUGACUGCACUGAAGAAGGAACUCAACGACCUGGUCACUAAAAUGAAGGACGAACAGAAGAAAGCAGCCGAUUGCACCCUGCAGGACAAAUGCGCGGAUAUGGGUGACGUUCCGAAGGUGCGAAUCACGACGAAAAAGUUCCUCAAGGGUCACAUCAACAAGGUCAACUCGGUGCACUUCGCCGGUGAUUCGAGACACUGUGUGACGGGUUCGCUGGACGGAAAGCUGAUCAUCUGGGACACCUGGACCGGAAACAAAGUGCAAGUUAUUCCCCUGCGAUCCGCGUGGGUGAUGAGUGUGGCCUAUGCGGAUUCGGGAAAUUUCGUCGCUUGUGGCGGUAUGGAUAACAUGUGCACCGUGUACGAUUUGAACAAUCGAGAUGCCCAGGGAAAUGCGAAAAUCGUCCGCGAGCUGAUGGGCUACGAGGGUUUUCUGAGUUCUUGCCGUUUUCUGGACGAUACGCACAUCUUAACCGGUUCGGGUGACAUGAAAAUCUGCAUCUGGGAUCUUGAAGUGGGAAAGAAAACAUCCGAAUUCGACGCCCACGCUGGCGAUGUGGUGUCGAUCUCGCUGAGCGCCGACAAAAACACGUACGUAACCGGCUCGGUUGAUCGUACGUGCAAGCUGUGGGACGUGCGAGAAUCUACACCGAAGCAGACGUUUUUCGGCCACGAAGCGGAUGUGAACAGUGUUUGUUAUCAUCCCAGUGGAUUUGGAUUUGCAACCGGAUCGGAGGACAAAACGGCGAGACUUUUUGAUUUCCGAUCGGAUCAACAAAUUGGACACUACGAACCACCGAACAAAAGCAGUGGAUUUACUUCGUGCGCAUUAUCACUAAGCGGAAGGUACAUCCUGUGUGGAUCCGAUGAUAACAACAUUCACAUUUGGGAUACAAUGAAGGCUCAACAUAAUGGCAUAUUAGCUGGUCAUGAGAACCGCAUCACAUCUAUCUGCAUGGCACCAAACGGAAUGGCACUGGCAUCCUGCAGCUGGGAUCAGCAUGUACGUGUUUGGGUCUAAUCAAAUACAAACACCCACAAGCGAAGCAAACCUUUCAAACAGCAUAACACAGCCCAUGUGGUUGGUUUGUUAUAUUUUGUAACGAUCAUUGAGUAAUUUUUCACAAUAUAAUACUAAUAGCUACUUUAAGAUUGAGCUUGAAUCUUUCUGCGAGUUGAAGCAAUAAAAUCCAUCGU